AUGGUAUGCGUCGUGUGCCUGCCGCCGCUCUUCCUGAUCCCGGUUGUCAACGCCCUCCCUUACCUCAUCGACCUCAUCAUCAGCAAGGUGUAUCGGCUAUUUGGAUGGGAGUACCGGAGACCUGAAAGAGUCCCACCUGCUUGUCCUUACAAGCCUGCAGCUCAGAAGAACGAUGAGGUUUAUGCUAGUGAAAUUAGAAGAGAUAUGGAAGGAGGUUCAGUGCCCUAUCUGCUUAGCCCAAAGCAUGUGCAACGUAUGGUUAAGGAAUACUUAGAUGCACGUCCUUGUAUCAACCUCGACAUAGCUUCUGAUAGCUUUUUGGCCGUUGAGGAUCCCACUCUUAAUGCCCGUGCUGCUGAAUUGGGUACAGAACCACAGCUACCCAGUGUUAUUACUGAACAGGCUUCUGUUGCAGCAGCUCACCCUCAGCAUAGUAUGGUACCAACUGAAUCAAGGCAUGAAGCUUCAGCGGAAGAAAUUAUUCCGAAUGGAACGGCCUGGAUGAACGAGGAGGUGAUGCUGUGUUUCAAGAAGUUCAUUGACAUGAAUCGACAUCUUGCGCUGGAGGACUACCGCCUUGAUGAACUUCAGCACCAGUGUUUUAAUGUGGAGAGCUAUGACAAGGUGUACCAUCAUUAUAACUUCACUGUGAGGAUGAAGAUGCCAGAAGCUGAUUGGAAGGUGAAGCUGUAUUUUGCUGAAGUGAAGGAGGGUUUUUAG